AUGGCUGGCAAGGGAAAAGGAAAGAAAAAAGAAAAGAAAUCUAAGGAGGACGGUGGCGAUAAAAAGAAAGGUAAAAAAGGUGGUGGCAGAUUGAAGAAAGGAAAGUCUAAAGGAAGAUGCCACGUUGAUAUGCUGACAGACGCAGCUAUGGAUAAUGUUUACUACGCUUGUCAUAACGUCCAAGAACUGCUGCAGGCGAGAGGUUUUCAUCCACCAGACUUCAACAAGAAGAAAAAGAAAGGAAAACGU